UAGCAUUUCAUGGUUUAGUUAAAUAUUGCUCCUGGCCUUUCUAAUGCUCAUUCUAUUCUCUUGAAGCACAAAAACAUGAAAACUCUUCUAACCUUAAUCUUCACAUUCUCCAUCAUCAUCAUCAUCAUCGUUGCCUUCACACAUGCAACACCAACAUUGAUCAUUCGCACUCAACCUCAAAUGAACCAAUCAUCCAUGCUUAUUCAUACCCAACAACAAAAUGAGACUAAACGGAGUGGUAACUGCGAUUACAAGGUGACCAUAGCAACAAGCUGCAAAUCUCCUUUAUCUACAAAAGAUGAAAUCAGUAUUUUAUUUGGAGAUGCUGAUGGCUCUGAGGUUUAUGUACCAAGAUUGGACGAUCCUGAUUCUGGGACGACGUUCGAGCAAUGCACCACGAUGGAUUUUGAGAUAUUGGGACCAUGUAUUGGUAAAAUAUGCAAAAUGUAUCUAUUUAGGAACGGCACGGAUGGUUGGAUACCAGAGACUGUCAUAGCAUAUCACCAUGACAACCCUCCAGUCACAUUUAAGUACAACAUUGACAUUCCUAAGGAUUCUGGUUAUGGCUUCAAUAAUUGUGGUUAACAAGUGUGUGUGUGUGUGUGUAUUUCGGCAACAAGAUCAAAUGGUCUAGAAAUAUAGAAGCAUCAUAAUACUUAUAAAAUAAGGUUGAUUUUUUUUUUUAGUUAUCAAGAGUUUAGUGGUGAAACUAAUACACAUGUACUUAGAAAUGAGAAAUUACGGGUUCACGGUCCAACAUAUAUAUCAAACAUCCUAGCAUAUUUUGUAUGUUUAAGAUGAUGAUUGAUGUUGUAAAUGUUGAAUUAUGUGCUAUAUAUUGAUGCUGAUUUAGUAUGAUUUUUCCGUCAAAUAAUAAAGGAGGUUUCUUAACA